AUGUCGACCAGCGAAACUAAAGAGAUGACCGGCAAACACCGUGAAAAGGAGAGAGGGGGUACUUUCCACAGGGUGGCCUAUUUUCUCCUUCGGAUGAGCGAGCUUGUUUGUGCCGUCAUUGUGCUUGCAAUCCUCGCUCGCUUCACGUACCUUGUUGGCAUCGCCCGGGUCGACGUGCAGGGCCGUAUUGUGUACGCAUUGGUCAUUGCGUCUAUCGCUACCGCCUUCUCGAUCCUCUUCUGCCUGCCCAUCAACGCCCUGUCGAUGAGCUUCCCGUUCGACUUCAUCCUCUUCGUUGGCUGGCUCGUUGCGUUUUCUCUACUUGCAUCUGAAUCCAGGCACUGCUCGUCAGGCUGGUACAACAACUACUGGGGUUACUACUGGGGCCGGUGGUGGCGGACUGGCCCUGUCGGGACAGUCGCUGUUGGGAACACUGGCUGUGGCUAUUGGAGAACAACGCUCGCUUUCUCCUUUCUGGCGUCCAUGGCUCAUCUGCUCAGCUUCAUCUUAGGCAUCUACGUCUUCCGCACGUAUGUCAGAGUCAAGGACACUGUCGCCACCGCAAAGAGGCAGGCCGGGAAACUGCGAAAGUAUGUGAUACACCCCUCGCAACGUUACCGUCAGCAGAUACUCACCAUUUCCACCAAGAUCGCAUUCUGCCACCCACCUAGAGAAUGGGACCAACAGAGCGACCUCAACGCCGCCAGGGACCGCUGGGACGGACAAUCCGCCAAUGUCGACAGUCCCUCGAGACCCUGCUCAGCAGUGGACGACCUCUUGUCCGAGCUUUUGUUACACGACUGA